AUGUCUCACCAGAAUGCCUCAGAUGGCCCACCUGCAGCAGAGGCGACUGAAAUCCGUUUGCAGCAGUUUUCUGAGCGAUUCACCGGGUUGCCGCAAGAUGACUGGUCCGGGAUGGGCGAUGUCAAACAGCGCAAAAAGGUCCAGAAUCGUUUGAAUCAGAGGGCUCUGCCAGGCCUGCGGAGAAAACUGGAUAAAUCCUCUGAUCAUAACAUUAACUCGCAGACUAGCGGCAGCAGCAGUCGUUCGUCUCCUGAGAUGGAAGAAGGCCCGCAAGCGGCACCCCCUCCUCUUGAGACCAGCCAACAGCUUUCAAGGAUGCAGGCAAAUAAUACCAUGGACCAUAUGGCCGACCCCUAUCUCCUAGCAGCAAUAGGCCAGGCACACAUUCUCGGCCCCGAAUCCACAAAAACAAAGCAUCUGCUACACCAUUUCGAAGCCUUUGUCUACAGGCAACGCACGCUUGCCUCCCCGCGAACCGACCUGCUCCUCCAUUUAAUCCAAUUCAACUUCAUCAAAGCCCUGGUCCAGAACAUGGCUGUGCUGGGCCUUUCGUCGGAGCAAAUGGACGAUGAUGAUGCAACUUCGCCAUUCAACGUGUUGGGGCCAUGGCAGGCGGAGCAGGAUUAUAAUAAUAAUUUCGAGGCUUCUCUCCCCCCUGGCCUCCGUGCUACAGUUAUUCAGCGCACGGUGCCGCAUCAUCCAUGGCUGGAUUUGCUACCUAGUCCGCAGAUGAGAGAUAACUUGAUAUUAGCGGGAGAGUCGUAUGAUGAGAUGCAGCUGUGCCUGGAUAUGAAGGGGCAUGGGCGCGUUCAUCCCGAUCAAACAGGGAUUAUUGUUUGGAGGGAUCCGUGGGAUGCGGAGGGGUGGGAGGUUACAGAAUCGUUUGCUAAGAGCUGGGGGUGGGUUCUGGGGGGAUGUUGGGAUCUUGGCCAUUCUACGAAUUCCUGGAGGGCGCGAAGGAAUGAGACGCCGCUUUUCUGUAGUCCUGCUUAG